AUGUCAAAAUUUCAUCAAAUCUGUCCAGAAUAUUAUUCAGAAAAUGAGUUUAAAUACAAUGAAAAUAAUGAUCGAAAUGAACCUGAUGUCGAUGGUGUAAUCAUGAGUGAAGAUAAUGAACAGACAGAGUCAAUCAAUUCAUUAACAAAACACUUUCAAAAUACACUAAUACAUAAUGAUAUGGAUUCACCGACACGUUGUACUAACCAACAAUAUCCAUUAGUAAUACAACAUUGUUCUGAGAUGAAACAUCAUACAGAUCCAUCAUAUGAAAAACAUUAUCAUGUUAUUCUAGAGGAGAAAGAAUUACUGAAUACUGGGAAUAGUUCAACAAUACAUCAUGAUCACCAUCGUCAUCAUCACCAUCAUCAUCAUCAUCACAACCAUAAUCAUAAUCAUCAUCAUCAUCAACAUCAUCACAAAUCACGAUCGAGUAAAAGUUUAUCCUCUAGUUUGACAAAAACUUUACAAAAUGAAGAAAUUAACUAUUCUGAUGAUAAAGAGAUGACAGAAAAAAGGACGGAUUUAGCUAUGUGGAACCGUGGAUCUAAUUCAGCUAACUUAACAUCACCAUCAACUAUUAGUCGUAAAGCACAAAAUCUGUCAGUAUCUGAUUCUAAAGUGAAAAAUGUAAUUAAUCGUAGUGAAAUAUCUUCAGCAUCGAAUUCUGGAACAAGUGGACAAAAUAGUAUUAAUUCAACUGUGAAUCGACCAAUUUAUCCACAAUUUGCUGUAAGUAAAAGUUCAAUACAAGCCUGUGAACCAUAUGAAUCAUCAAUUAGUCCAAACUUUUCUUCUAUUCAUCAAAAUUAUGAACCAAAAACUAUUCAAACAGUACAUUCACGUUUUCGACAAUUUUGGGUAGAAACAUUUGUUAGUGGUCGUUCUAGAACAAAAUCUGAAAAUCAAACACCUAUACAACCAGAUAAUCAUAAAGUACGAUUUUCUGAUCGUUUAAAUGAACCAUUAUAUCCAGAGACAGAUGUUCUUCCAUUACAUGCUUAUACAAUAACUGGUGAUUCUAGUCAAGCAGCUUCAAUUCUACGUCCAUUAGCUGUUUAUACAAAUUUAUCUAGCCCACAUUCAGAUCAAAUAUCACCAGGAUUUAUAUCAUCCGGUACAGGUAGUCUAAGACGACUUGUAUCUAAACAUUCUCGUAGUGGUGUAAAUGGAAUCUCAAUGACACCUCCAGCAUUUUAUUUAUCUCAACAAAGACGUUUUGUUUCAACUGGGAAUAUACCAGGUAAAAGUUCAGAAGAGUUAUAUGUACUACCAAAACCGUCUAAACUACCUUGUGAACAACCAAUCAGUAGUCUAGAAUUUACAACUUCACGGUUAAAGAAUCCUAAAAAGAACUUUCCACUGAAAACUAGUCUGGAUGUGUUACGCAGAAAAAGAGCUGGAAGUCUUAGUGGAAGAAUAAUUGAUCGUAAAAGUUUAACUAUAUCUCCACCUCCCCCAAGAGGAUUUCUUCUAGAACACUUUUCAAGGUCUGAAGAAAAUAUUCCUACUGAAAUGGAUAGACCUAGAUCUAAGGUGACAAAUCUAAUUCCAAGUGGGACUUCAAGUACUACAUCAGCUUCUAGUGUUGCAAUUCCUACUCAAUAUGAUAUUCCUUCAAGUUUACAACAACAAAAUGAAUCAAAACUAUAUCAUAAUCAUCAUCCUCAUCCUCCUCCUCCUCAUCAUCACCACCAUCACCACCAUCAUCAUCAUCAUCAUCGUCACGGUAACCAUGGACAUCAUCGUAAUCGUGGACAUUUAAAUCAUCAUGGACAUAGUUUAACGCAUACAAUGACAAGAGUAGUUGAAAGUAGACGCUAUCUUAUGUUUACAAAAUCAUUACCAUUUUGGUCAGCUAAACAGUAUAUGGAAACACAUGGAACUGGAAUGGGUGAAUCAGAAACAUAUGCAAUCUUAUUUCAACAUACACCAUGUUAUGAUUUAAUUCCUGACAGUGCUAAACUGCUUCUAUUGGAUAGUCAGUUAACUAUAGGAAAAGCAUUCAAAGCGCUUAUAUACAAUGGGAUACGUGCUGCUCCUGUAUGGAAUUCAGAGAAUCAAAAUUUUAUUUCAAUGCUAACUGUCACUGAUUUUGUACAAAUAUUAAAUUUCUGUUGGAAUCCCCCGAUGACAUCAGAAAAAUCUUUAUUAGAAGGUAUGCAUAUCGAUGAUGUAGACCAGAUGACUAUACAAAAAUGGAAAGAUAUUGUCAUAGCUGAUAGAACACGUCGUUUAUCUAUACAAAUGACAUCAUCUUUGAAUAAGACUGUCAGUAAAUCACGUAACAGCAUUGCUUUAACAAAAUCAUGGCCACCGUCGAAUAGUACAUCGUCAUCAAGUUCACGAUCAUCAAGUAGUAGUAGUAAUGAUAGCGGUAGCAGCCGUAGUAGUAGUAGCAGUAGUAACAGCAGUAGUAGUAGUAGUAGUAGAAGUAGAAACAGUCGUUCCAGUACCACAUCUUUACCUUUAAAUCUUCCAACAAUCAAGUUGUCAAAGUCAAUGCCACACCAGAGUAUAGACAAUAAAGGUGAUCAAUAUGAAGUGGAUGGAAAUAACAGCAACAAUAAUAAUAAUAAUAAUAAUGAGGAUGGUGCAGAAGUACAAACUCAUAAUAUAAAUAAUUCUUCAAAUCCAACCAUUCAGUUGAAUCAGUCAUCAUUAUCAUCGUCACAAACUAUCUUUCCUACACGCUUAUUUAUCUGUGAUCCAGAAGAAUCAAUUUUCAAAGCAUUACGAUUAUUACUAAGAUUUCGAUUGCAUCAUUUACCUGUUAUGGAUUCACCAUUCAAUGGAAGUGGUAAUAUUUUAUACAUACUUACUCAAAGACGAUUAUUGGCUUAUGUCUUUGAAAAAUUGGAUAAAUUACCUCAACCAAGAUUUCUACAGUCAAGCAUAAUAGAUCUUAAGAUUGGAACACAUGGAUCUGUAUUUCUGAUUACACCGUCUACUCGAUUAGCUGAUGCUUUAAUAUUAUUUCGAGAUAAUUAUAUAACUACUCUACCAGUUGUAGAUUCAUUGACCAAUCGUCGUCUAAUAAAUAUCUUUUCUAAAUUUGAUGCAUUCACGCUUAUCUUGAAUGGAGCAUAUAAAAAUCCUGACAUGACUAUUCAAGAGGUACUUGAGAUAUGUAAAGGGAACGCUAAACCUACUAACGAUAUGCAUAGUAAGCCGCCUGUUGCAAUAUGUCUAGCGUCAAAUAAUUUGCUAUAUGUUAUAGAGAAAUUAGUUAAAACUGGAUAUCGAAGUCUUGUUAUUGUGAAUAAUACAAAUGAAUAUCGUGUCGAUGGUGUAAUUAGUUUAUCGGAUGUAUUACGUUUCACUGUAUUACAACAAUUACGUAUGACAUCAUCUCGAUUACAACCACCUUCAGUAGCUGAAGUUGUUGAUGAAUAUGAUGAAUUAAAUCGUAAUAGAAAGAAAAAAGAAAAAUCUUAUAGAAAUUCAAAAGUUACCAGUACAUUAACUAAUUGUUCAUCUCAAUCUAUUGUAAAGACUAAAAAAAUUAACAAAAAAUUAAUCAGUUCAAAUGAUACAACAUCUUUACAAGUUACAAAUUUGACAAAUUAUAAUUCUAUCCUAACUAAUACUAAUUCAAUUACAAAAACACCAAUAACAAUAACAUCAAUUAUAAAAGAUGUUACAUCAAGUCAAGAGGAUGUUAAAAGUCAAACAAAUGAUACUAUGAACAUUAUUACAUCUAAUAAUAGUAAUAGUAAUAAUAUUACUACUAAUAAUAAUAAUCGAAUGAAUCAAAGAAAAGUCACAGAUGAUAUUGAUAUCUCAUUGGACAAUAUUAAUUUAACUUCAAGUGAUAAUACUAAGGAUUAUUGUAAUGAAAAUAUUCUUAUAUCACAGGUUUUAUCAGAAAAGAUUACUUGA